AUGACUUCUAUAGAUUCGUUGUUGUCUGAACCGCUUGGUAGUCGUCUGGAUUCUGUGGUCAAUACGCAACGGCACAGUGCCGAAACUGAUCCAACAACUUCAAAGCUAAAACGAUCACCGGCGAUGUAUUUGGCCAACGAAGAACAACGUCAGGCCAACAUCAAUGGUAUCGAGCCUCAAUCGCAGUUUAAGCUACGGCAGAUUGAUAUAGCGGGUAAAACGGCAGGAGGAACGUUCGGUCAUACCAUUAAUGAGGCCAGUAGUCUUUAUUCAUGUUUGUUACCUCCUAACGCUGUCUCCGCAUGA